GUGUCCAAACCAUAAGGAUCAUUGUAACAUAAACUCUAAGGCAAUGUAUUUAUUUAUCAAUGUAUUUAUUUGAGGUUUUUCCCAAAUAUGCCUUCUCUUUGUAUUGGUUGCAGAUUCCAAUGUAGGUAUAACGGUAAGACUGGCCGCAACACAAUUUUAGAAGGUGGAUCAUCCCAACCUUCCGGGUCCAGUUAGGAACAGGAAUUAAAUACUGACCUUGCCAAAUACACUCACAUCCCGAGAAAGAUUUUUUUAAAAAGGCCUCGACAACUCAUUGUUAGGAACAGAUCGGAGAAAAUGUUUCAAAAUUAUCAGAUUGCGCUGGUCAGCGAAAUCUCACGGUUAUUGGAAACAACUUCUCCUCCGGAGCUCGGCGAUCAUCUCAUUAUCCAAAUGCUCUGCUUUCCAUGGUCUCUGGGUGUUUGCUCGAUUAUUCCCUAUUUCUGUUCCUUUUGUCUCCCUGCCCCUGACUGGGUGAAGCCGGAGCAAUCCCUUCCCUGGGAAUCCAGCCCUGUGCUUGCGAUCCACCCGCCUCAACCUGAGCUGCACCGAAUCGCCGGGGGCUGGAGGCUUUCGAAGGGGAGACAAUGAGCGCGGCGCCCGGCAACGAGAGCUCUCGAUCGGCCGCCCCAGCACCGAGCGGAGCCGAGGGAAACCUCCGGGCGAGAGACAACGAUUCUCUCUACAUCAGGAACAGCUCCUUCAGGAGGAACUCUCAGACCUCGACGGCAAGUCUCAGCCGUGAGAUCGGCGCCGCUUCCAACAUCAAAGCCGCCCGUCCGGCGUUCAUCAUCACUUCAGGAGAAUUUCUGCAGCACAGCUCGGACUGUACCAGUAGCCCUGGGCCACACUCCAGCACCAGGACCAUUUUCUAUAAAGGCCUCUGCCUCCUGCUGCUGCUGUGCCAAGGGGGAGUCUUGGAUUUCUACCUGAUCAUUUUUACUGACCUGUACUGGUGCUCUUGGAUUGCCACCGACCUGGUGGUGAUGGCGGGCUGGCUCAUCUUCUUCAUCAAACACUCGAGGCGGAGAGAAGACGCCGCCAAAGCGGCACCCGACAGUGGCCAGUUUGCCUUCUCCUACCUGGCCUGGCUCAUUUAUGUCAUCGCCUGCACGCCCAAAAUCGUGCUCAUUCUGGAGACCUCUAUCCUCGACCUGAUUGAGCUAAAGGUUCCUCUGGGCACCACUGGCUUUAAGAUGGUGGUCCUGUCGUCUGUGCCCUUGCUCUACACCCUCAUCAACUCAGUGACUGAGGAGCUCAGCUGCCAGAGCAGCCACCGAGCGCAGAAUUACUACAGCCGAACCUGCCUGGAUCUCCUGGACAGUUUCACUCUCAUGGAGCUGGUGCUGGCCGGCCAUAUUCCCAGUGUUUACCUCAAGUACACGGUCACCACCGUCUACUUCGUCGCGUUUUUCGUCCCGGUUCUCUGGCUGUAUGAACUCAACUCGUUGCAGCUACACUACAAGUGUGUGGUGUUCCGCUUCCUGUCCAGUUCCGCGGUCAAUGCCCCUCUCUUGGUGGUCAGGUGCUUUCUGGUCUUUAUUUAUGACCAACAAGUCUCGGUGUUCCUUUUGAAGAAUGUCUUUUGGUUGUGUUGUGAUUGUGCUGAGGUCCUGGAGAGAUGUUGCAGUGUGAGGCGUGUCCGUAAGUACUCGAGCCCUCCCGUGCAGUUCACACAUUGCAUUUCGGAGAAUGAGAUGUGUGCACAUGGAUAUGUGAACACCCUGGCAGUGACAGCUCAGUCCUAGCAGCAGUAGCGGCUGACCUUUCAAUCCAACUUGUAGGGAUUUAUUGCUACAUUUUAUUCUUUGUAAACUCUUUUGUACCGGCAUUUGAUUAUGCUUUUUUGGGGAUGCUUUUUAAGUGUUUGUGUAUCAAUUCGUAUUGGUGCUAGUAUGCGAUUUCUGCACAACGAGUUGGGUAUGAGAAAGCUAUUUUUCUGGACCAGCUGUGCAUUAUGUCAAGCUAAGACAUUCCCUUUAUUUACGCUUGCAGUCUGAUUGGUUUGUGAAUUGCCUGCCUUAGUUAUUCACUUUCAAGACUGGAGUGCGCUGUUUAUGUCAAGUGGACAUAACCAUAGUAAUAAACGUGGGGAGGUAGUUUCCCUGUCAGGCUUUAGUUUUAACUCCUGGGCCUCUGUCGUGAACUUAAUCGCGAUACGCGAAGGAAACGCGAUGUUUAACGCGGUGUAGGUUUAAUUUUGAGUUCCAGAAGUAAAGUGGACUGUAUUUCGAUUCGUUCAAAUUCCCAGGUGGUCUGAACUCACUAAGACAUUGUAAAUGCAACUGUCAACAUAAUGUAGUAAAAAAGUAGGUCUCGACAACAAACCAGGAAUUACAGGGAUCAUGAAAAUAAGUUCCAUGUAAGAAAUGCAACUUCAGUGAUUCACCAGUUUACUAAAUGAACACACAUCAAAACUGCUAAUAGCAAACUUAAGCACAAAUCGUUUGCACUGAUGAGACUCAUAGAAUAUAGAAUACAGCUAACUUUGAGGGUCAAGCAAGGCAUUUGAGGAUAUUUAUACCAAUGUCAACUAUACAGGUCUGUCGGAAAAUAGUGUAAAGAAAUGAGCACAAGUACUCCAUCAGCUACUUGUUUAUAGAAUUAGUUACAAAAUAUGCAAAUGUAUUUGCAACAGGGUCAAAUGUAAAAUAUUUACCUGGAAAAAGUAUUAUUUUAAAAAUAACUUACCAAAAUGGAAUUAUUUCACCUUCACAAUAUUUCAUGAGCUCAAGCUACAGUCAUUCUUGUUUCAUAUUAAUAUUCACAGUCAAGUUUGCAUUUUACCAAAACCAGUGUUAAUGAAAAUAAGUUUUUUAAAAGCCUUAUAUAAUUUGAAUGCUUAUUUUGACUAAUUGUAUUGUAUUUUUCAUCUGUGAUUGUAGAAGUUUUGUAAGGAA